AUGCAGGUCAAAAUGAAGAGUCUGGUUUUAUGUUGUGGACUCAUCUCGGCACUUCUCUUGAGCAGCACAGCACAAGUCGAGGGACAAAGUGGCCAAAGUCCUUCUCAUCAAGGAACAGACUGCACACAGAUUCAUUCUCGGAACCCUGCAGCGCCCAGUGGUGUUUAUGUAAUCAAGCCUGUUGGAGUCAAAAAUACCUUCCAGGUGUACUGUGAGAUGCAGACAGAUGGAGGCUGGACGGUGCUGCAGAGACGCAGUGGACGAGACGUUUCUUUCCACAGAAACUGGACAGAAUAUAAAGAUGGUUUUGGAGACCUAAUGCAGAAUCACUGGCUUGGUCUGAGCAAGGUCUUCUCUAUGACCCAGAAAAAGACGUGGACCCUCAGGGUGGACUUGUAUACCCAUGAUGGUCGCACUCUUUACGCCCUGUACAAAAACUUUAGAGUGGGCGAUGAGACAUCAGGUUUCAAACUACAUGUUGGGGAAUACGAUGGAAAUGCAGGUGAUGCCCUCCAAGACCAGAAUGGAUAUGGUUUCAGCACUAGUGAUCGUGACAAUGACGGCUGCUCCCCGUGCAUCUUUGGUGACAUUGCUUGGUAUAAGUGCGUCGGAUCUAAGGAGGGUUGGUGGUACAGUCAAUGCGGCUCUGCCAGUCUCAACGGUGACUGGCAUGCUAGUGGUGAUCACAUCGGCUGGUCAUCAGGCCUUUACUGGAGAACCGACAAAUUUCCAAAACUUUACUCAGUCAAGGGCAGCAAAAUGAUGAUCAAGUCUUGCUUAAAGAAUUUUGUUGCAAAACAUUUCAUCAGGGGCCACACGGUGGUGUAGUGGUGAGCACUCUCGCCUUGCAGCGAGAAGACCCGGGUUCGAGCCCCGGU